AUGAAGAAGAAGGGUGUUAGCAUUGUUGCAUUGUGGGAAAGAGCUUCCAAGGCAAAUAAAAGAACUUCGACAUCUACACCAAAUCCUCCUGAUGUUGAAGUUCAGAGCAGUAUCAUUCCUCCUACUAUUGAGAGCAAUCUGCAACUGGCACUUGUGCAAGCACAUGAACCUGAUGAUGGACACACAGAACCUGAGAGUGCAGCUGGCUCCCCAACCCAAUUGUACAAUGUCAAUGACCAGGAUAAAGUUAGAAGGAGAUACAUCGAGUUGGGGGCAUGUCAACCAAAGAAACAUAAUUUUGAGUAUAGAGAUAUAAGUGGAUUACAGCGUCGCUUUUCUCCUUCUUGGUUUAAGGAUUACAAGUGGCUUGAGUAUAGUGUGGACAAAGAAGCCGCUUUCUGCUUCGUUUGCUUUUUGUUCAAGGAUAAAAAAAGAUGUCCCGGUGGAGAUGAUUUUGUGAAGAAGGGAUUUAAUAACUGGAACAUGAAGUCGAGAUUGAAGAAACAUGAAGGCUUCGCAUUUAGAGGACAUGAUGAAAGUGAAGACUCACUAAAUAAAGGAAAUUUCCUUGAGCUUCUAAAUUGGCUAGCAGGAAAUUUUGAAGAGGUUGACAGGGUUGUUCUCAAGAAUGCUCCACGGAACUGCAGGAUGACUCACCAUGAUAUACAGCAAGAGGUGAUAAAAUGUUGUGCACAAGAGACUACUAAACUAGUCAUUGAGGAACUUGAUGGUGGUCAUUUUGCAAUACUUGCAGAUGAGUCUAGUGAUGUUUAUCAGAAUGAACAGUUGGCUGUUUGCUUGCGUUAUGUUGAUAAGAAAGGAAGGGCGGUUGUAAGAUUUCUUGGUCUUGCUCACGUUGAAGAUACUACCUCUUUGACACUAAAAGCUGCAAUUCAGAAAAUGCUUAUGGACUACAAUUUGACCUUUGCAAUGGUUCGUGGGCAAGGAUAUGAUGGAGCUAGUAACAUGAGAGAAAUAUUUGGAUACACAGAUGAGUUGUGUAGAGCUUUGCAAAAGCAAGACGAAGAUAUUGUUCAUGCUAUUGAGCUUGUUGGUGACACAAAGUAUUACUUGGAGGCUUUGAGGACCGAUGCUGGAUGGGAUGAUUUUCUCACAAAGGUCACAUCUUUUUGUACAAAGCAUAAGAUCAAAGUUGUUGAUAUGGAGGGUCCUUACUUUUCCGUUGGCCGGCCUAGAAGGGGUUUAUGUAAUGGUGUGAGCAAUUACCACCGCUUCAAGGUUGAUAUGUUUGUGGGUGUCAUUGAUAGGCAAAUCAGUGAGCUGAAUGGCAGAUUCGAUGAGGUAAACACGGAGCUACUUUCUUGCAUGGCAGCAUUCUGUCCACUUCAUCUAUUUGCUGCUUAUGACCAAGAGAAGUUGGUUAGGCUUGCUACAAAGUUUUAUGCUUCUGAUUUUACAAGUGAUGAACUGGCAAGACUUCCAUGGCAACUAAACAUCCUUCAUUUCCUGGCGCCGCCACUGCGCGUCGCCCACCGCCGUUCGCGUCGUAAGGCCUGCGUCUCCGACUCGGGCUUGCUCAACCGGCCCGGCACCGGCGAGGGCACAAGCACCCAACGGUGCCCGCGGACGCCCUCCGGAGGUUGA